AUGAGUAGGAAGUAUGAAGAAAUUACUGCUCCAGAUGUGGGUGAUUUUUGUUACAUUACGGAUAAUACAUAUCCUAAGGAGGAGGUAGUGAAGAUGGAGGCUGAUAUACUCAAGUCACUAAAGUUUGAAAUGGGCAAUCCAACAGUAAAGACAUUUUUAAGAAGAUUCACCAGCGUUGCUCAAACGAACAACAAAAGUCCCAAUUUGCAGUUAGAGUUCCUAUGCUACUAUCUUGGGGAGUUAAGUUUGUUAGACUAUAAUUGUGUGAAAUUCUUACCUUCCUUGGUGGCCGCAUCAGUUAUCUUUCUUGCAAAAUUUAUCAUUCAACCAAUGAUACGUCCUUGGUGCGCAACACUGCAACAAUAUUCUGGAUACAAACCAGCUGAUUUAAAGGAUUGUGUUCUUAUCAUACAUGACUUGUAUGUUAGUAGAAAAGGAGGCUCUUUACAAGCCAUAAGAGAGAAAUACAAGCAGCAUAAGUUCAAAUAUGUGGCAAGUAUGCCUUCUCAUUCAGAAAUACCUGCUUCUUACUUUGAAGAUCUAAAAGAAUGA